CGUGAUUCAAAUGCCACUGCGCAUGGCCAACGGAGAUUAUUCAACAAACAUGGCGGCACCCUACGUGACAACGGUUAGGACAGCACUGAAAGGUGUCCACUUUGUUCCCGCCCGGUGGCUCCUCACGCACAGGAGCGGAACCCCGGCAGUGUGUCAGUGUUUUCGGCUGCACGCUGCCCGGUGUCGGCCGCUACAUGUCUCCUCUACUGCCUCCCAGUGCAGCUCCAGGACAGAGACACAGAGGACAGCCGCCUCCCACACAGACGACAGGAGAGGGAGGAGGGAGGAGGAGGAGGAGGAGGAGGAGGAGGAACCCGAGGGUCCUGAAUACAUUCCUAAGGAAAAGGCAAAGAACCCCAUGAUGCUGAUUGGCUAUGCCUGGAUAAUAGGCCUCCCCGCAGGAAUCAUCAGCUUCCUCCUGGCCAAGAGACAAGUGGACAAGAACCGACUGAAGCAGCUGAAGGUCCGACAGAGGAUGAGAAAGUCAAACGAGGGAGACUAUGAAGGGAGUCGCUACCACCAUCCUGCAGAGGAUGUUAAACUGGACCACUAAUAUACGUGUGUGGCUACUGUAUCAUAACCUGAAAAUCACUACUGACACGGUGACUUUCACUACAGCCCCAAAGACUGAUUACAGAAGAGAUCAACUUCAUGAGCUUGAGUUUAAAACAUCCAAAACCUCUGAGGCAUUCAGAAGUGGGUCAGUAUUUCUUCUACAGGCUGAUGCAAGAAAAUCUGAGAAGGAACGCUCUUGUGACAGCCUUUAAUCGAACGGAUGUUUUGCUUUUUUUUUUUUUUUUUUGCAGAUUUGAUUAGUCUUGCUAAUGAACAGAGGAUGGAUCAUACUGUUGACUGCAUCAUUGAAUCUGGAGAAUGAUCACAUAUUUAUUAGCCCUGAUGCUGAUGUUCUGAAAUAUGAUGGAAGAGGAAAUAAAUGUUUAUUAUUUUCUGAAUUAAUAAAAUGACUCAUCACUGGUAUAACUGCAUAACUGCAUAUAAACCACAUCAAAACUCACAAAUACAAAUCUUUAUUUGAUAUGAAAAGGCAAACAGACUUCCCUCAUCAUUGAUAUGUAUAUUUACAAAGCCCACGCUGACUAUCUGUUCUAAACAUUCAACAUUUUUGCCAUAGUUGUUUAGAGUCAAAGAUUAUGUGGCUUGGGUCUAUAUUUCUGAUGAAUAUGAACAUGUGUGGAGGACCAGCUGGAUGGGGUUGAUCAUGUUUUUGGACAGUUCCACAUUAACUGGAGCUCACUGACUCUCAGGAAUGACAUUGUGGCCCUGUAUGGACAAACCCACCCUGCUGGCACUCAGUUUCUGACCCAACUCAGACUGUAACACAAGACUAUAUAAACAGGCACAUACUGUAACAAUACUAUAAAAGCUUAUCGAGUACUGUACACAUACUUCUUAAAGUAAAAAAAAUCUAAUCUCAGAAACGUCAUUGUGAAGGCACUAUAGUGAUGUAGAAUGUAUAAAGUUAGAAUAAAGCAACACGUGUAUUAAAAACCACCAGCAAAGGCUUGAUAAAAUAACCCCAUGACUGCAGGUCUGAGGCUGUCACUAGGUGUACUGAGCUGGGUGUCAGGGGUGGGCAGAUCAAUCACCAAUGCUGACAUAAGUGUGAUUUUGAGUAUCUGUACUUGUGUCCUUAAGAUCAGUACCAAAUGUUACAUUGUGUAACAUCACUUUUUAGACACAAACACUCUUCAUAGUGCAGAGUCAUUGGUUCAGAGUUUACACAAUAAAUAUUUGUUAUUUACCAUGAA